AUGUUAGCAAAACGAGGUUACAUCCAUGUUCACCAUCUGAUUUUUCGUAAUGUGGUAAAAUUUAAUCACUCAACUUCGCUGUCAUCAAUUUCCGUAAACCCUAAUUGUAGUCCAAGCAAAUCCAUCGUCUAUUGCAACUCCAAGAUCAGUGAAAAUGGUCGAAUCGGUAAUAUUAACGAGGCAGAACUUAUAUUUAAUCGCAUGCCAGUCAAGAGUGUCGUGUCAUGGACUGCUAUGCUCACUGCAUAUGCGGAGAAUGGACAGAUCAAUAAGGCUCGUAAAGUGUUCGAUGAAAUGCCUCAACGAAAUGUUGCUACUUGGAAUGCGAUGAUUACAGCCUAUAUGCGUAACAAGAACGGGAUUGAUAAAGCAUGUGAAUUGUUUUCGAAAUCCCCUGAGAAAAAUGCAGUUUCCUAUGUUUCCAUGAUCACAGGUUAUGUUCGUGCAGGAAGGUUGGAAGAUGCAGAGAAGUUGUACUAUAGUAUGCCAAUAGAGUGGCGGGAUCCUUUCUGUUCAAACGCCUUGAUGAAUGGGUAUUUGAAGAACGGGAAACUUGAAGAGGCUGUUGAAAUUUACAAUGGAAUGGUGGAGAAGAACGUGGUUUCUUCAAGCUCAAUGGUUGAUGGAUACUGCAAAUUAGGGGAAAUCAAGAAAGCAAGAGAGUUGUUUGAUGCAAUUCCAGAUAAAAAUGUUAUUACUUAUACUGCAAUGAUCGAUGGUUAUAUGAAAACCACAUAUUUUGAAGAAGGGUUUUCGUUAUUCCUACAAAUGAGAUGUGAAAAUGGUAUAAAACUUGUUUCCAACACAUUAACUGUAGUAUUUGAAGGCUGUGGAAGAUUCGAUAGAUAUAAAGAAGGGCUUCAAGUACAUGCUUUAGUGAUGCUUAUGGGAUUCAACUUUGAUACUUUCUUAGGAAAUUCCACCAUCACAAUGUACUCUAGAUUCGGUGAUUCAGAUUCAGCUCUUAAGUUGUUCAACAUAAUGGAGACAAAAGACACAGUUUCAUGGAACUCUUUGAUUAGUGGUUACAUUCAAUCUGAAAACCUCAACGAGGCUUACAAACAUUUCAAAAUGAUGCCACAAAAGGAUGUAUAUUCUUGGACAACAAUGAUAACUGGAUUAAGUAGCAAAGGGCAUACAGAAAAGUCAGUUGAGUUGUUCAAAAUGAUACCACAUUCACAGAAAGAUGAUAUUACAUGGACUGCUCUUAUAUCAGGAUUUGUGAGCAACCAAGAACAUGAGGAAUCAAUCCGUUGGUUUGUUCAGAUGCUUCAGACACAAAUCAAACCUAAUCCUCUUACAUUCAGCAGUGUUCUUAGCUCUUCAGCUUCUUUAGCAACACUAAAUCAAGGACUACAAAUCCAUAGUCUUGUAGUUAAAACAGGUAUGGAAUCCGACUUAUCUGUUCAAAAUUCACUGGUGUCAUUUUAUGCAAAGUGUGGAUGUGUAGAUGACGCCUACAAUACAUUCCAUUCCAUUGCUUCUCCAAAUGUUGUUUCUUAUAAUUCUAUGAUCAAUGGAUUUGCACAAAACGGAUAUGGGGAAAAGGCGAUUUCUUUAUUCAAGGAAAUGGAGGAAAAAAAUAUGGAGCCGAAUGAUGUUACAUUUCUUGGUGUUCUUUCUGCGUGUACUCAUGUUGGAUUGGUUGAAAAAGGUCAAGGAUAUUUUAACUCAAUGAAAUGUUUAUAUAAAAUUGAACCAAAUCCAGAUCACUAUGCAUGCAUGGUUGAUCUUUUGGGUAGAGCUGGAUUUGUAGAUGAAGCGUUUGAUUUUAUAAAUUCGAUGCCUUUUGAGCCUCAUUCUGGGGUUUGGGGUGCACUUCUUGGAGCAAGUAGGAGUCAUUUUCGUUUGGAUGUUGCAGAAAUUGCAGCUCAACAUAUCUAUGAAUUGGAGCCUGAUAAUGCUACACCUUAUGUGGUUUUAUCUGAUAUAUACUUGGUUUCUAGGAAGAAAGAAGAUGAGGAAUUAGUGAGAAGAAUGAAAAGAGUGAAAGGUAUUAAAAAGAGUCCUGGAUGCAGUUGGAUUACAGUAAAAGAUGAUGUUCAUUUGUUUUUGUCUGGAGAUUUUUCUCACAUGAAGUUCAAAGAGAUUAAAAGCACCCUUUGGACACUUGUAAAAAACCAUAGUAAAUGUGAUUCUUGUUUCUUUUAA